AUGACGUCAUUGUACGAUAAGGAAGGUUGGUUUGAACAAGAAGGGAUCUUGCGCCCUUUUCCAAAAAUUUUUCCGGAAGCUAAGGACGGAACCUCUCAGGUUUAUCUCCCAGAUAUGGAAUUCCUUGUAAACUUAGGUGACUGGCCACUUGAACAAAGAUCAGUUAAUGAAAAUCCUAUACCUAUCUUGUCAUGGUGUGGCUCGGAAUCUACAAAAGAUAUUGUAAUGCCUACCUAUGAUAUAACAGAAGCUACUCUAGAAAUGAUGGGCAGGGUUAUGGUGGAUAUCCUUUCUGUCAUGGGUAAUUCUGGACCACCAUGGGAAGAGAAAAUUAAAGUAGCUUUCUGGAGAGGUCGUGAUAGUCGACAAGAGAGAUUAGACCUUAUAAAAAUUUCACGCCAAAAUCCUGAACUAAUAAAUGCUUCUCUGACAAAUUUUUUCUUCUAUCGUAAAGAAGAAGCUGAAUAUGGGCCAAAAGCAGAAUACAUAUCAUUUUUCGAUUUUUUCAAGUAUAGGUAUCAGAUCAACAUUGACGGAACAGUUGCUGCUUAUCGAUUACCUUACCUUUUGGCAGGAAGCAGCCUUGUACUCAAGCAAGAUUCUGAAUUUUAUGAACAUUUUUACCAUGAUUUGAAGCCAAUGGUUCAUUAUGUGCCUUUCCAUAGAAAUUUAUCUAAUUUAGUGGAAAAACUCAACUGGGCUCUUACACAUGAUUCAGAAGCCAAAGAAAUUGCUGAGAAUGCUCAGGAUUAUGCCUUGUUGCAUUUGAUGCCCAAAGACAUUUUGUGUUAUUAUGCUGUUUUAAUAAAAGAGUAUUCAAAGAGAUUAAAAAAGCCAAGUAAAAUUCAUGAAGAAAUGGAAAAUGUAAAUCAACCUCUACAAAAGAACUGUUAUUGUCCAGAGUUUGAGAAAGAUGCAAGAAAGAAAGAGGAAUUAUAAGUUUUUGCAUAACUCUUUGAGGUAAUCUCUAAUUUGUUCAUGAUUUGAUAUAAAAGCUGUCUAGUAAUGCCAUUUUAUAUGCAACAUUAUGUGACAGAGAGAAAAACAUGAAAGAAAACUUCAAAUGCCAAGGAAAUAUCAUCAAGCCUUGGAGGAAUGAAUCUCUCAAACUGCAUCAUUAUGUUAUAAACAAAGCUUUUUUUAUUUUAUUUUAUUCAUGAUAGAAUUUAUUUUAUUUACAUCAUGAAUGCUGCAAAAGAUUAUUUUAAUAUUUCAUAAAGUAUAGCAUUUUUCUUUAAGAAGUAAAUUUCUAGAAUUUGUAUAUUUGUAAAAGAGCAGACAUGAUUUCGGAUAUUUUUAGUGUCAUUAUGAAGGCAUAUAUCAGUGGUCUCAAGUGCAUGGCCAAAUGUGCAAGGUCGAAUGUGCAAUCUGAAAGCAGCUGACAGGCUGAAAGAUUUUUUAGCAAAAUGACACAUGACAAUUUGUUUACUAAAUAGUUAUCAAAACGUACAUAAAUAGUAAUAAUAAUGAUGCAAAGGAAAAAAUUUCAAUUUAUAUUUUUUCUCUGAAAUCUAAAGAUCUGCAAAAAAUUUCUGUGGUCACACUUGUAAUUCAGAUGUAUUGACAUUUAAAUUAAAUUAUUGAUAUUUAUUUCAAAUAAAUCUAAUGUGUUUAAUUAACUGAAUAACCCUAAAUAAUUUACUUAAACUAAAAUAAAUUAUGAAAACUUUCCAAAUGGGCCCAAACUUGAGAAUAAAUUAUGACAACAUAUUCUCAUUCUUUAAUCUAUUUAGUUUUUCUUUGUUGCAUACAGAAAAUAUAUGUAUCUUUCAAGUUAAAUAAUUAUAAACUUUUUUAUUUCUUACAGCUACAGCACUUCAUAGGGUUUCCAUUUUAAUAAGUUUUAUAAACUUAGAGAAAAAUAACUAGACGUGUGUUCAUUAUGAGUUGUAGAUGCUCACCAGUUAAUCUGGUUCUUUUCUUAAACUAAUUUAUUUUCAACUGCUGGUGGGGAGGGGAUGUUUACAUAUAAAUGUACUCCCAACAAAGCAAUUGUUCUUAUUACAAAAAUUCAUUAAAUUUUUUUACUUUUUAAGUGCCUAUAAUAUAUGCAAUCAGAACAAUGUUUUGUUUAGUUACUAGUAGCACUUGUUAAACUGAGGAACUACUUUAAACUCAGCAUCUGGCAUAUUCAGUUUCUAGAAAGAUUACACAUAUUAUUACUAAACAAUGUAUAGAAGAAAAGUAACAGCAUGUUCGUACAAAUUUAAAAACAAGGGAUGUUAGUAUUUUAUCUUCCCCCCCCCCCUUUCUUUUUUUUUUUUUUUUUUUUUUUUUUUUUUUAAUAUAUAUAUAUAUAUAUAUAUAUAUAAUGUGUCUACUCAGUAUUUUUUUUAAUGUGACAAUAAACUUUUACACCAUGAGAAAUUCCUACUAAUUUAUAUUAUGUACUUGCCUGAAAAUACCAUUUCUUCAUGAUUCAAAUUAUUUGCUCAAUUCUUUCCAAUAACAACAGUUGCUAAUAAUCUGAGACAGUAGUUGGCCAGAACAGGUACAGUUGCUGCAGGUAGCAGAAUUUAAGAGUGUCAAAAAGCCUAGCCUUGGCUCUGACAGUAAUAUAAUUUUGCGAUAUUUUGUAUCUUAAAACUGCAGGAAACUGCUGCUUUUCCAGGAAAAGCAUAUCAGUGUCAUCCAUCUUAAUGUUCUAUAUAAUGUAGUAAUGCUAAAACUAGUGUUUUUAUAUUUUUAAAUGUUCAGAUUUUAAGUAAUUGAAAUUAUGGCUUAAUUUAGCCCAAAUGUCAGGUUAAUUGACCCAGGAUAACUGGAUAUGACUUUAUGUAUUUUAUAUAAAAUAUGUAAAUAAUUAUAAUAAUUUUUAUGUAAAAAUUUAUUUGUAUAAUGCGUAAAGAUUAUUUCUUAAAUGGUGUAUCAGUAUUCACUUUCUUUGGAAAUUAGUUACUGAAACCAUAAAAACCAUUCUGUGACUGCAUUCUUAGAAGCUGUACAAACUGAGUAUUUAUUAAACAAACCUGUUAAGCUAAAGUCAUCAUUGUUUGAUGUAUACAUACUACAUUUCAGCAAUUCUGUUUUUCUUCUUCCUUUACUUAUGUAGGGGGUAAAAUUAUGUAGAAGUAAAAAGUACAUCUUUAUUUAUCUUGUUAUAAAGCCUUGUGAAAUUGGUAAUAAAAUUUUAUAUUUUUAUGUUAAGCAAAGUCCAUUUCCCUGUUAUUAAUUUAAAUUCAAUGCAAGGUUUAAUCUAAAGAACUUAUAUUUUUGAAUUCAUUCUUUGCCACUAGGGGAAAAAAAUGAACUCAAAAAUCAUUUAAAUGUGCUAAAUAAUUUUGAGAUUUUAUUAAUUUUUGGUAUUACCAUUAAAGAAAUGACUUCAUGGAAGUCUAAGGGAAUGGGACUUAUAGUCAUAUUACACAGAAGAAUGCUCAUGCAAUUAGCUGGAUAUUGCAGUCUCUGAUAAAAAUGCCAAUAACUUUUUGUGGACUGCUGUUUUGGCAGCAAAUGGAUUUGAAUACAUAUCUGCAAAUAUACUUAAUGUUUGCCAAGUUUCCUGUGUAUAAUAUGAGGCAUUCAGCACCAGUCAUAGAAGAAAGAGAAAGAAAUCAGUAGAUAAAGUGCAGAAGAUAAAAUAUCUAACCAUGUUCUUGAAAUACAUAUGUUGCUGCUGUCACUAAUAAUAUCUGCAAGAGGAAAAUGCAUUUUUAAUUAAAUAUGCCAUUUCUUCAAAAGAUUAAAAAUGUAUCGCCUGCAAAAAGGAAAAUCAAGAGACACUCCAUUAAUGCUAAAAGGGAUUAGUUAUAAUUAAACUUUGUUAUAAUGCAAUGUUUAAUAUUAACAUUAUCACACCAAGCUACACACAUAUUGCAAUAUAUAUUAGAACUGUUUACCUGUCAGUUUAUUAUACUUGGUAUCAUGUUCGCAUGAUUCUUGUUCUUUCCUGUGAUGAGAUGAAUAACAUCAUGGUAGUACAUAAAAUAUGUUUGUGUCUUUUACUGGUGCACCAUAUGUGUGGUAGUCUUAGUCUAUAGCUGCAUUAUAGACUAAGAAGUAUGCAUAUAAAUAUAAUAAAUACAAGUUUCAUAUGUACCCUUUCCUUUACAUAAACUCUAUACCAAUAUUUGACAUUUAUAUUUUUUAAAUUGAUUUUCUCUUUAAAAUUUGAAUGAAAAAACAAUGUAACAUCAUCUCAAGUCAACAUCUUGCCUAUGAACAAACAAUAUUAAUGAAGGAAAGUUUUUGCAUUUUUGUUAAAGAGGUAACUUUUAUUGAAAUUAUUAAAAAUAGUUUCAAUUUAUGAAUACUGGAAGCCUUGUUUGCAUUAUCUCAUAUGUGAAUUUGUAUUAUAACAGAACAACUGCAUUUUAAGAGGAUUUAACUACAUUUUUAGAAUAUGGAAGUGAUUAAAAUGUCACAGAUUACUCAGGGCUAUGCAUCUAAAGAAUGUCUUUCUUUAAACAGAUAGAGGAUUUUUCUAAGAACUAGUGGCAUUCCUAUUACAUAAAGAAAGCUCUCAUGCAACCUUUACUGAACAAAUCUGAGAUGAAUUAAAUGGUCUUAUCCUCUAAUCUGCUGAUGUACAUUAACUUAAAUUAUCUAUAUUGAGCAUAAAUUUUAAACUUUUGUAGUUAACUUUCAGUAUGCUAAAAAGUUAAAUUUUUUACCAUCUGGGAUUUAUGCAUAUUAGAAUAAAAAAUUGCUCCAGUGAAUAAUUUCAACAGUUUUUGGUUGACAACAAUAAGGUGUGAAAGAGUAUAUUUGAAAUAUCAAUAAAAGCAGGUACUAAAGCACUUUGUUAUUCAGAUACAGCUAAUUUUUUUUAAAUUCUGAUGCAUAAUUUUAGUAUAAAUGAACCAAUAUGUUCACACCGUUUACUAAAACAUAUUUGUCAUUAUCUUUAGUCCCUAAGAUAUGAUAAGCAUUAAGUUAUUUUAUUAUUAACAUUAUGUUCCAUGUCUGUAUCUUAAAAUUUUCCAGUUUUCAUAGCAUUAUUUCACCCAAAAAUUUAAAUAAUUAUGAAAAGACCUCUGUCAGACGUAUUUUCUCCAGACUAAUUUGAUAGUUAGAAGUCUACAUUUACAGAUUUUUAUGGUAUUACAAAAUAUUUAUUGCAUUGAUAUGCAAAUCUUUUUUUUUCCCUAUUCUGAUCUAAAUGUAUUUUCUAGGUUAUUUUUCACUUUUUUACUUUAUUGAAAAAUAGCGAUACUGUCAUUAAACAAUCAGGUUUGUUUUGUAAUUUAAUACAAUACCUUUAAUGCUGGAUUGUGAUUAAAAUUGGGAUCAGUGUCACACCAUUUCAAUUUUUCAUGAAGAACGUCCCAAAGGAUGAAAUUAUAGGCUCUUUUACCCUUCUUCUGUCCCAAUUUCUAAAAAAAAAAAAACACAUCUUAAAUUUUCACAAAGUUACUAUCAUAUAAAUAUCUGUAGGCUCUUUAACAGUCCAUUAACGACCAUACCAAUGAGCUGGUAAGUGUAAUUUAAAAGUUAUAAUUUAAUUUUUCACAAAAUAUCAGCACUUUAAAAUGCAUUUUCCUGAAAGCAACCAUUUUGCAGCUUCUUGAUUUCAGCAUGGAGCUAGCAACAUAUUAUUUCUUAUAGAAAUUAAUCUUUUGUUUAAUGCAAGUCCUUGAAUAUGACAGUGUAUAUCUUGCUUAUUUAUAAACUGUGAUAAUUUAAUAUUUGCAUUUGUGAUACUAUGUAAAAUAUGAAACAUUUCAUAGUUUAAGAGAAUGUGAUAUAAAUUGCAGUGUUCAGAAAUCUUUUGUAUUUGCAUGAAUAGAUUAUGAACUGUUGAAAAGCAAUGGAUUUUUAUGCCAAAGAUUUGUGCAGCACCGGGAUCGUAUUUUCUUAACAACAUUUAUAUCCUUUUUUUACAGAAAUUUGUCAUAGGAGUAAUUUUAUCUUUUAUGGAAAUAAAUAUUUAUAAAAAUAA